GCGGCCAGAGAAACGGAGGAGCGACUUAAGUCGUUCUUGCAAAACUGCAGAAAAAGUGUGGGUGUUGAACCCUCUCACCGGGAAAGUGUGGGUGUUUCCCCCACGGGUGCGACGCCCCUUGUGUCCAACAAAGUGUGUAUCUCAUCCUGCGCUAAUGAAGAGGAAAAGGUGCGCGCAAAUCCCAGUCCCAGACACCAGACGACUCCGGAAACGGAUCCGCACUGGUAACGGAUAUGUUUCGGAUUUAAACGGGAGGCAUCAGCUGUCUUGGGUUAAUCCGGGCGUCGGUGACCCGUCCACCAAACAACCGCACCGGGCGGCUCUGAUUCUGGCUCGCGGUGGCAGUAAAGGAAUACCGCUGAAGAACAUCAAGGUUCUGGCUGGAGUGCCUCUCAUCGGAUGGGUAGUGAGAGCUGCACUGGAUUCAGACGUCAUUGACAGUGUUUGGGUGUCUACUGAUCAUGAUGAGAUUGAACAAGUUGCUCGAACCUGUGGUGCAAAAGUUCAUCGGCGCACUCCUGAAGUUUCCAAAGACUCCUCCAGCUCACUGGAGACCAUCAAAGAGUUCAUCCAGCAUAGACCUGAGGUGGACAUUGUUUGCCAUAUUCAGGCAACUUCCCCAUGUCUGCACCCGUUUCAUAUCACUGGAGCUCUGCAGAUGAUCACUGAACAGGGUUAUGACUGUGUGUUCUCAGUUGUGCGCAGACAUAAUUUUCGCUGGACUGAGGUGAAGAAAGAGGGUGAACGCACCGAGCCUCUGAACAUCAAACCAGGAUACAGACCAAGACGUCAAGACUGGCCCGGGGAGCUCUAUGAAAACGGAUCUUUCUACUUUUACACAAAAGAAGCUGUGGAAAAGGGCCUUCCGGAGGAGCUGAAGUGGGGCUACUAUGAGAUGCUCCCAGAAUACAGUGUUGAUAUUGAUGUGGAUAUAGAUUGGCCGGUGGCUGAGCAGAGAAUUUUGAGGUUCGGAUAUUUUGGAGAAAAAAAGAAAACGGAUAUCAGGUUGUUUCUGUGCAGUGUAUCUGGCUGUCUGACAAAUGGUCAGAUACAUGUGUCUGUUUCAGGAGAGCAGUUUGUUGGCAUCAAUAGUCGAGACCUGGCAGGCAUUCGAAUACUGCAGAGGGAAGACAUUGAGGUGAUUCUUAUAUCUAAUGUGAAUGAGACGGUGUCCAAAGAUCUGCUGGAGACCAUUUCUAAGCAGACAGGCUGUCACGUGAUGGAGAAGAAAGAUCUGGAGUGUCUGAUGAAAGUGAAAAACAUGCAGAAGGAUGAGGUGGCCUUCAUGGGUGCAGAAUGUGAAGAUGUGGAGAUCAUGACGCAGGUGGGGCUGAAUGCUGUACCUCCUGAUGCACCUGUGUCACGUCUCAUUGCAGCUAACUUCACCUGUCAGAGACCAGCGGGUCAUGGGGCGGUUUUUGAGUUUGCUCAGUACAUCCUGCAGAUGAAGAAAAAAACACAAGUCGCAGAUGAGGAUGAAGACAUCAACAACAUUCAUGCUGCAUUUACACCAACCUCGUUUCAGGUGUCAAAAUCGCGUCAACCGCGCCUAGUUUGCCGCUUGAACGGUUUGAAAGUGCGUCAGAAGCAAAAUCCACUUCUUGUGGGAGGGGCAAGUGCUAAUGCGGUUGUCUGUUUGCAAGAUGAAUGAUGUUGAUUGUGCAUUUAUCGAGAGAGUUACCGGUUUGUAUUUGGUAACCUUACUAUAGGGGGAAAAUAAAUGGAGCGGGUCGAUAAACGUCACGUGACUCAAAAGUAAAAUGUGUAUUACAACUUACCAGGUUGCCCAAUGUCCUCACUGACACUCUUCCAAGCGAGAUCCUUUUUAUUCCUGUCUCUAUAGAAAUAAGAACUUGUCCAGACGCGCGUCAACGCGUCUUCACAUUGACUUAACAUUGAAAUCACUCGCGCUUCACGCCUCUACCGCGGUUGGUGUAAACCCAGCAUUAGACUUUUAGUGACCUCAACAGUGCUGUGAUAAAAGUUUGCUUUUCUUUUUUUCUGUUGAAACAAACCGUACAACUAUAAAUGAUUUCCAUGCACACUUUUCAUUUACAUUUGAUUUACAGUUUACAAACAGUAGACGUAUUGUUCAGAUGUGUUUACAUACAUUUUGAUAGUCAAAUGACUAGAAUGAGUAAAACACAUUUGUGGUUACUUUGCUGUGUUUGCUGAAUGAAAGGGACAUCAUACAGUAUAUCCAUUAAAAACAUACACCAACUGAUCUUAGGGAUCUCAAUUGCAACUAUAUGUCUUAUUUACCUAUCUAUAUUUAUAUCUUCUAAUUCAAGCAUGUAACCUUUUGAAUCACAACGUUUAAUAAACCAUUAUCUCUAACAGACUGUUUGUAAAAGACAUUUGAUUUUACAGACAUUCAACAUUUUUACAUUUUUGUCAGUCGGAUAACACUGCAUAGGUAUGGUAAGUACAUAAGGCACUCAAGACGUGAAUAUAGUCACAACAAAAUAUUCAUAGUCAUCAGAAAGUAAAGGAACAAUGAAAUAGUCUUAAAUCAUAGAUUUCAAUUAAGGAUAGAUUUUUGAUCUAUGCAGUCACAAGAUUAGGCAAACUA